AUGGCUAGCGAUCCAUCACUGGGCCGUUUUAUCCUGGACUGUGGAAAAAGCUGUAUCGCAAGCAUCCAGUCUUCCUGGAUAUUAUUUGCGCGCCAUUUAAUGGCCGUAUUACUUUACCUGUUUGCGCUGAUCCAGUGCCCUGGCAUGCUGGACAUCACAGGCUGGGACCGACAUGGCUUGGCUAGAACAACUUUUUUGCUGCUCCUCUGUUGCGCAUGUUGCUUCCAUUACGCGAUAUCAGCGGGGCGAGUGGAUAUUGACUGGAUAAAUGGACGUUUUUAUGCUCGUGGAUGCCUGGUACGAAGCUCUCGACGCGCCCACCGUGUGAUUUUGGUGCUUUCACUGGCUGUUUCUUCGGCAGCAAUUCUUCAAACAAGCACUUUUCAUUUGCUCAUUGGCUCCAAGAAUUUUUAUUCCGCACCCGUGGAUUCAUCUUCCGCAGCCGUAUCACUGAGUAUUUUGAGGAUGGAUUUUUUUCUUUCUUUGUUGUUCGCAAUUUAUACGGGCGUUCGGUUGACUCUGGAGCCUACCGGUCUUCUGAAAAGGCCGAGGAAUUUCUUUGGUGCAAGCUUUCAUCAUUCUUCGAACCACCACUACAGCACUGUCCCAAACGCACCAGCAACGGUAACUGUCAAAAAGGAGCCGCAGCUACUGCAGGAGUGUUGUAAAUCGCCAGAAUAUCUGGAAGAAUGCAAUAUUUGUCGGCAACAAAUCGCUGAUCGACAGACAAGCUGUGGUGGCGUGCUUUGUUGCGUCUGUUUGAUGGAUUUUCUG